UCUCUCUCUCUCUCUCUCUCUCUCUCUCUCUCUCUCUCUGUGGAUUAAUCGUUGGUUUUACGGUUUCUGAAGUUGGAGAAAAAAUGGGAGUAUUGCUACUUAUUAAAUAGGAAUUAUUUCUCCAUUCUCUGCGACCCACUGUAGCCGUUUCCUCUUUGCUUCUCUUUCUCUCUGUGUGUGGUGAAUGGGGAAUUCGGCAGUGCAAAGGUCGUUUCCUGGUGUUUCUUGAGACACCGUUGAGUUUUGAUUUUUAUUGAGUUUAAGGCUUCAGGACAGUUUGAUGGAUCCGAUUCUUCAGAGACAUGUGUUUUGACCAAUGCAUCAAAUUUUGAGUAAUCCAAACUGCCAAUAAGGUCCUUGUUUAGUAGGAGUGCAAAGAUGGAAGAGACAUUUGUCAAUGCAACAAAAGAUGAUCAAGGGAAUGAAGAUUCUCCUAUUGGAUUGAAAAAGGAUGGGGGAUUGGUAGAAAACAAUAGUUCAGAGUUUACUGAGUCAAAAUCCAAAGGGUCCGUAGAUGGAAAAUCAAAGGAGACAUUAACAUCUGAUUUCAAGCAAUCAUAUAUAGGUGAAAGUUGCAUUCAGGAAUCAUCUUUGCAUAGCCAACAGGUUACUGAUGUUACUAAGCUGAAGAGUAUACAUUUUGGAUGUCUCAAUGAGAAACAUCUCCGGCAACAUUACUUGGAUUUGGUUAAAGUUAGACCAUCUGACUCUCUAAAUAUAGCCUGUAGCCCAUCCUACCCCGGCAACAUUGCUGUGAAGCUAAGGUCCUCAAAAACAGAGAUUCUAUUUGAUAGCUUAAAAAAAAGUAAAAGUAGAAGAAGAAAUACAUGUGAUCUGGGUAGUUUUUCUAUUGACUACCCAUCAGCAGCUGGACAAGGGAAAUUAGUUAUCAGCCCUGUCAGACAGUUGAUUGUAGGGGCAGUUUCAGGGAAUGACAAUUUGAGGAGCAUCUUAAAGAGCCCAUUAAUUAGUCAUUUAGGGUCCCUAGGUGAUGACAAGAAGUCAAAAAAAGCAAGGUCAACUAAUCUUAAAGGAGAAAAAUGCUCUCAGAUCAUGAGCUCUCCGGAAGUACUAAGUAUUAUUUCAUCACUGAAGCUAGAAAAAGAAGCAGUUACACUAGAAAAUCAGCAAAUUGGACAGCAAAAGGUGUAUAAAAGGCUUUUAUCAAUCUCAAGCACAAGUUCUAGUUGUUCAGAUCUAUCUUCCUCAUCUACUUGUGCCCCUGUUUCUCAGGGAAUGCUUCAUUGCACGUGGAAAGGUGGAAUCCCAUAUUUUAUGUUCUUUGUAGAUGAUCAGAAGGAGGUCUAUGCAGCUAACCUGUGGAAGGUUGAAUCAUCAAACAAUAAGAGUCUGGAUUAUAUGUACUCAUUUCACUUGAGAACAGAUGAGCAAAUGUCACUGGGGACUUCUGAUAAUGUGCUGGACCUUGUUGGUAAAAUGAAGGUAUCAAGUUCUUAUAUUUUAUGCCCCAACAGUUCAAAACUCAUGGAGACUGAAUUUAUCUUGUUUGGUACUAAUGAAAGUUAUCCUAGUGAGAUGCAAAGUUUGACUCCAACUGCUAAAAAGAAUCGGAGGUUCUCAAAAAAGGUGCUGGAUGCAUUCAGGAAAACCCAUCCAUCCAAGUAUAAAUCUAGGCCCAAAGGUGUACCAAGCUCCAUAUAUGAGGAUCUCUCUGGGGAACAAUGUCAAGAAAUGUUGGGUGAACUGGAUGCAAUGGAUUCUACCCUCCUAGAGAGUGACCCUUCCCCAAAUCUUGAAUUGGCUGCCAUUGUUGUGAAAGAUUAUGUCCGUGAUACUUGUCAAGAGGCAGUAGUUGGAGGCUGGGGCUUAAAAUUUCUUGAGAAAGUAGGGGCAGAGAAAGCUAAUACUCCUGUAGAAGACUUUGAUUCUCCGGAAAGUUCCCAAGAAAGCCCUCAUCGAAAUAGAAAUGAUUGUUCUACUAGUAUGGACGUUUUAAUCCCAGCAGGAUUUCAUGGUGGUCCAAGAACCAGAAAUGGUGGCCCUUCUAGUCUUACUGCGAGGUGGAGAUCUGGUGGACACUGCGACUGUGGUGGCUGGGACAUUGGAUGCCCUCUUACCGUACUCCACAACAUGUCAAGCAAGGAAAUUGUGAUGCAAGCAGAUGCACAACAGGAAUGCAAAUCGUUUGAUCUAUUCAUGGAGGGAACGAAUCAUGGGGAGCCCACCUUGAGAAUGGUCAAUAUCCAGGAUGGUAUGUAUUUUAUUCAUUUCCAAUCAACUCUAACUGCUCUACAGGCUUUCUCUAUAGGAGUGGCUACUAUUCAUACUCAGAGUUCAGCUCUUUGUCCAAAAAAUGUAGAGAAAUUGAAGCAGCAGGAAUCAAGGUUUACAAUUCUGUAGUAUUCUGAUUGAAUUAUGAGAGUCAUAUAGCUGUAAAUUUUUUUUUUUUUUUUUUUUUUUUUUUUUGUAUCACCCCAUUGAGAAAUGAAAUUAUUGGAGAAAGGUUUCUUAGGUGGGCGGCCUAGUUUUCUUUUGGUUUUUGAGUUCUUCCCUUUGUGAGCACUCUAGUUUUUUUUUCCUGGUGGAAAAUGAGAAAUUCAUUAAAACUAA